CGGAAGAGUGCUUUUAGUUGCCCGGCAACGCGGUCCUGAAGUCUCUGUGGCUCUUGUGUCUCCCCCGCCCCCCAAAACUGGAAAGUAGGCUCCUGGCUCAGCCAUCGCCUGGUAUCUGCAAGCUGCGUAGCCAUGAGUAUCUUCACAAUAUAAAAAAGCCUCAACCAAGCCCACGUGAGGCUGGACGGAUGUCUUGUUUGAAGAUGCUUCUGCAGUCAGAAAGCUAGGGCAAGAUCCUGCAGAGAUUUCCAGUCAGUUGGAAAGAUAGAUUCUUCUGAAGGCUCAGAAGGACCCAGAGUUAUCUUAAGUACACAUCAACCUGCUAAGGACUGUGCCUACUUGGACUUUCCCAGUCUGAUAGGAGCAAUGGCAUCAACAUCCGGAGCCCUCAUAUCUCAUCCAGCAUAUGCAAGAUACUGGGAACAUUAUCACCAAGCAAUGGCUUGGAUGAGAAGCCACCGGAGGGCUUACAGAAAGGCUGUGGAGUCCUAUUUCCAUUCGCUGUGGUACUGCCCUCCCACAGCAUUUCCCUACAGCUCUUGGGCUGGCUAUCCUCAGUCCUUCUAUGGUUACUACUGGCAGAACUCAUAUUACAGUAACUCACAGUUUGGAAGGUCUGAACAGCCUCCAUGUAAUGGCAAUCAGAUCCAGGCUUCUAUAAGUGAAGACCAAACUUGGUUUGAAGAAGAAGAAGAGAUGGAGACAGAGUCUGAAGAUGAGAUAGUGUGCGACCUAAGCAAUAUGGAAAUCACUGAGGAACUCCGCCAGUAUUUUGCAGAGACUGAAAGGCACAGAGAAGAGCGGCGGCGGCAGCGGGAACUGGAUGCAGAACGCCUACUGGAGUACGUGAAUGCUGACCACGGCCUGUACUAUAUGCGCCCCACAGUGAAGCCUCCAACCGAGAAGCCUGGUGAGCGGCGCAAGGCUGAGAUGAAGAUCUUGUAUGGAAAGAGCGCUGCCAAGAUACAGGCCAUGGAGACUGCAGUGCAGUUAAGCUUUGACAAGCACUGUGACAAACAUCAGCCUAAAUACUGGCCUGUCAUUCCCCUCAAGUUCUAAGCCCUAGGCACGGGGACUUCAGGGGAUGCUUCCU